GAACAAACGAGAUGACCAUCGUUGGAUCAGCCUGACUCCAUCAGAGUCACACCGAGGAUCAGUGGGUGCAGGCGGGCAAACGACAGCCACAGGCGCACACAGCUCAGGAUAGGAGGCACGCACGCACACACGCGCCCGCAGCGUUUUCCGGAUUAAAAUCAGCAUCAGCUAUGAACAUCCUCCACAUUAAGUAAACGGAGCCUUCUCUCUCUUCACCAUUCACGCGUCGAGGAUGAACGGGACUGCGGCGGCCACGGGAUCGGCUUCUUGCCGUUUCGCCCACUAUUUUGUUGUGUGUGGAGUGGACACGGAGACGGGCCUGGAGCCCGACGAUGGAGCUGGCGAGGGCUUCGAGCAGAGCCCCGUUCGAAGGUCCUUCAAGUCAAAGGUUCUGGUGCACUACCCCGAAAACACCGACAGGAACCCCUUCAACAGAGAUGCUGUCAACAUGCUCUGUAUGCCCAGAGGUCUCUCGUUCCGCACUCAAGCGGACAGACUCGACCCCCAGUUCCACUCGUUCACGCUCGCUUUCGAUGACGGCACGCGCUCCUACGGCUUUGUCCACACCUUCUACGAGGAGGUGACCUGUCCUCAGAUUAUCACUGCCAUGCAGACGCUCUGUCAAAUGCACCACGUGGAGCAUCACUCCUCUUCAUCAGCCUCCUCCCCGUCCUCCUCCUCCGCGUCCUCUUCCGCCUCCUCGCCUUCCACCUCCAGUAUGGACUCGCUGGCGAGCAGCUUGGAUGAGUCAGACGGCGACUCUCUCCCCGGGGUGUCCGCCUGCCUCGGCUGCGUGGGCUCCUUCGAUCCGGCACGCGACACCCUGUACGUGUCCAAAGCCCUCUGCCUCGUCACGCCGCUCCCGUUCCUCCAAGCCUCACGAGAGUUUCUGGCUCAGCUGCACCAGGCCGUCGCGUCGCAGACGGCCCCACCGCUCCCUCUAGAGAGCUACAUCCACAACAUCCUCUAUGAGGUGCCCUUGCCUCCCCCAGGAAGGUCCCUGAGGUUCCACGGGGUGCAGGGGCCCAUCGUGUGCCAGCGUCCCGGGCCGGGUGAGCUUCCGUUGGGGGAGUAUCCUCUCGGAGAGGCGUUCUCCUUGCUCGGUGUGGACAAUAUGGUGAAGCUGCUCACCUGUGCACUCCUGGAGACGCAAGUCCUGCUCUACUCUCAAGAUUACCAGCGUUUGAUGACGGUAGCGGAAGGCAUCACCACCUUGCUGUUCCCGUUCCAGUGGCAGCACAUCUACCUGCCCAUCGUCUCCACGCCGCUGCACCACCUCCUGGACGCUCCCGUGCCGUUCCUGAUGGGCAUCCAGCGCAGAGACGGAGCCCAGCGGUCCUCCCUCCACCUCCCGCACGAGGCCAACCUGUGUUUUGUGGACAUUGACAACCACUGCGUGGAAGCUCCCGAGGACCUGCCCCUGUUUCCAGAUCAGACCGAGCUAAUCCAGGAGCUGAGCGAGGUUCUGCUAAAGUUCGGGCUCCCGCCUCAGGGAGGAGUGGUCACCAAGCCCACCACCACCAUCACCUCCACCACGACCUCCUCGCCUCGCCUGAGCAGCCUGGUGCUGGAGGACCUGAUGGAGGACCGGAGGAACGGGAACCUCGGAGGCGAGGAGCUGGCGGUGCUGGAGAAACUCCAGGCUCUGGCUAAGAGGUGCGGAGGAGGAAAGAUGUCCGAGGGAGGCAAGACUCUGUUUGAAGAGGAGGAGGAGGAGGAGGAGGAGCUGAAGGCCGCAAAGCUGAAUAUUCAGCUCAGGGAGGUGUUCGCUGUUCGUUUUGCUGCCAUGUUUGGCAGGUAUGAGGAGUUUGUCAUCCACAGCGCUCUGGAUUUGGACUCCUGGUUGAGCAACCGAGAGGGGACGUUCAGCUUUGACAAGGGUUCCUUCCUCUCAGUCCAGCCGGCGAAACACCUGCGCUUCUUGUCCCGGUUCCUGGAGACAUCCAUGUUUUCUUCUUUUGUGGAUGGGAAAGUUAUAUCUCGCUGGGCCGACAGGGAGCCGCUGCAGCAGCUGUUUGACAACCGCUUGGAGCGGGAACGACUGUAUGACGCGGUCGACGAGGAUUCGCGCAUCUGUCCUUACAGGAAAAACACCACGCUCUUUGAGUCGGCUCAGGCCACCGAGCGCCGGCUGCUGAAGGCCGACCACACAGCCAUACACCCCCACCUGCUGGACAUGAGGAUCGGCCAGGGUCGCCACCACCCGGGCUACUUCCCCAAGCUGCAGGCCGAUGUGCUCGCACAGGCGCAGAACACAAACAAGUGGUCCGGUCGUGUCACGGCGUCGCGCAGAUCCGAACCCAAAAGAUCAACCGAUCACUCAGGAGUGGACAACGAACCCAGACAGAAACACACAUACACGAGGAAGACCCUGCGGCAGUCUAAACUACUUGACCCGUCGCCUCAAGCCGUCACUCAGACUCACAGAGAGUUCGUUGAUGACCUGCUGAGCGAGUGUCGUCUGAAGACCAAACGGAUGUUGAUGGAGCGGAUGGGGAAGGAGAGUGUGGAACUGGGUCAGGGGGAGGCAAACAUCACAGGCCUGCAGGAAAACACACUGAUCCACGGUCUGUGCGACCUGCUGGAGAGAACCUGGGGCCACGGGCUGCAGAUGAAACAGGGGAAGUCCGCCCUUUGGUCUCAUCUCCUUCACUACCAGGCCGCCCAGGGCAAGACGGAGGCACCGGCCGAGUCUCCAGGUCAGAGCACAAGUCGAUCAUUUUGUUUUUCUCUUGUAAAUCACAGAGUUAAGAGUAAACUGAUCAUCUGUGUUGUUUGUGCCUCAGACCAGAAAACGCUUGACGAUGGCACUUUGCUCCCGAGAGGAUCGUUAAUACAGGACAUGAGGUUCAUCCAGACCAUGAGUGAGGGUCUGUCUGAGGUGGGUCAGGCCCGAGCUUGGAUUCAUCUGGGUCUGGAGAAGAAAAUGCUUUCCCAACACCUCAAAGAGCUGCUAAAAAAACAGGAGCUGCUCAGGCAGCUGUAUAAACCUCAUGCAUUCCUGCUCUGUGAGGAAGAAAGGGAACAGUUUUUGUUCCACCUGCUGUCUCUCAACACUGUGGACUACCUCUGUUUUACACGCGUCUUCACGUCCAUCUGUAUUCCAUACCGCGUCGUUAUCAUACCCAUGAAGAAGCUGAGCAUCGCCAUGGCAACAGUCAACCCUUGGGUGUGUGUGUCAGGAGAACUGGGGGAUUCAGGAGUUAGACAGAUCCCAAAGAAUACGCAAGAAAUCUUUUUCCAGUGCAAGAACCUGGGCCGGCUGAGCACGCUGCAGCUGGGACAGGAGAACUCCGGCCUGCUGGCCAAGUGUCUGAUUGACUGUGUGAUGGUGUACAACGAGAUCACUGGACACACCUACAAGUUCCCGUGCGGCCGGUGGCUGGGUAAAGGCGUGGGCGAUGGCAGCCUGGAGAGAGUGCUCAUCGGUCAGCUGGUGUCGCCUGGUGCAGAGGAGGAUGCUGGAAGGUGGACGGGGACGCCUCCGGAGCUGCCCUCUCCUUCUCAGAGUGUGCGGACAGUGCUGGGAUCUCUUGGCAGCCGAAGCCGAAUGCUGUCUGUUGAAGUACAAGAGGAUAUGAGGGAGGCGGCGAAUAACCUGGUGAAACAUUUCCACAAACCCGAACAAGAGAGGGGAAACUUGACAGUCCUCUUGUGUGGUGACGGAGGUCUGGUGCUUUCCUUGGAGAAGUUCCUGCUCCAUGGCUUCAAAUCAAACCGUCUCUUCCAACGAAACGUGUUCGUUUGGGACUUUGUGGAGAAGGCAGUGGUUUCCAUGGAGACGGCCGAUCAGAUGGGCGACCUGCACGGAUCGACGCUAACUAAAGGUGCACCCUGCGACUCGCUGUGUCUCUACGUGAACGCCAUCAAUGCAUCACCCCGAAAUAUUGGCAAAGAGGGAAAGUUACAGCUGUUUGUCUGCCUGGGAAUCAGGGACCGGCUCCUCUCCCAGUGGCUCCCCCUGUUGGCAGAGUGUCCCCUGACAGCCCGGACCUACGAGGACGGCGCUCUGCUGCGGGACCGUGCCGCUGUGCACUCCCUCUCUCGCAUCCUGCACACGCUAAACGAGUUCAGCAUCACCCUGGAGACGGCACUGGUUAAAGGGGUGAACCUCUGACCGCGAGGUUCAGGCCUCGUGCUGUAAAGCCACUGAAGGAAGGCACGCCGACGGGUCUAAAAGUGUUCGUGUUUCCAUCCGUGACUGAAGGAGAUCCAUUCAGACUAAUGUGACUCCAUCUUCAAAUCAACCAGGGGACUGGAUGAAGUCACUGAACUCAAACACCAAACAUAUUGCCUUGUUCACUGAUGUAAAUGUCUUAUAUACUGUAUUUGCUUCAGGAAAUAGUCCUAUGCUUGUUUACACUGUGAAAUUCUGUUUCCUCGAGGAGAAAACGGAGUCAUCGAUAAACUCACAUCUACCAUAGACAUUUUACGCGCCCACGUCAUUUUACUGUAUCCGACCCGAGGACAACUAUAAAUGUUCUUCUACUGGUGUAUUGCUUGCACUUCAAUUUUAAACUAAGCACAUGCAUGGCCAGAAACUGUUUGUUUUAUGUCUCUCUGUGAUGUGAUCUAAAAUAUAUGGACUCAGGCCUUAUUAUGAUUAUUAUAAUUAUUAUUGUUAUGAUUAUAAUUAUUAUUAUUCAUAUGAACAUUUCCAUUCAUCCAUUGGAUAUUUUACUAGGUAUACUCAAGAAAAAUAAUGUAAUGGUAAAAGAAAAGUAUUAUUAUCGUUAUUACUGUAAAAUGUUUGGCCUGAUUCUCAUUGUCUAUUUCAGUUUGGGGUCACAUCCUCAUCCUCGUCCUCUGAAGGGACAAACACUGGACCCAAACCGGUGUCCUAGUUGUGUCAGUUCGGUUAAGGUUUGUCAUUUUGUCAGAAAGCUCUCGCCCCGUCUCUCUUGUUGUAAAUAUUUUUGCUUCAUCAGACCUUCUUGUCCAUCCUGUUUGAAGAUGUUCAGUUUGUUUUUUUCAUGGUGAAUCUCAUUUAUCUCGUCCGUGUAGAACAAUAGGCUCCACUCUGGACGCUCUUUCUUAUGUGGAUGAACGUCACACCGUUUGUUUCUGAACUGUUCAAUUGUCUUUGCAAAGGUCAGACAAUGAAUAGAGCACAGGUUCUUUAAAAAAAGCAAAAAAAAAAAAGAAGCUCAGUAUUAUGUUGACGUUGCAUUUUAUUUAACAGUCGAGGAAAUAUGAAAAUGCUGUCUCCUGCACUAUCCUGCAAGCACUAUGUAACCCACCAUGACCAAGCCCCCGUUAUUGUUUAAAUACAGAUUAGAGAGAGAGCAAUAAAUAAUUGUUAUUUAUGAAAUGUGAUGUUGAAAAUUAAAGUUAAUAUUGAUAUAA